AUGUCUAUCAUCGCCGAGACAGAAACGGCGAAACAAGCAUCAGUGCAAACUGUGACCGAAAUGGAAAAGCGGGAUGGAGCGCCGCCGAAAAAUGGAAAGGAACAUAAAAAGAUGUUUCUGUUCAUAGAGCGACCUGGACGAAUGGUAAUCGGACAAGAAAAUGAGAAUCAAAAGGGGAGAGGAAAAAAACCGGGGGACCCUGUCGACGGACAGGCGCAGCACCGGAAGCUGUUAAACGGAUAG